CUGGCACUCAGUAAUCGAAGCGCUCGUCUAUCGACUGCCUUGCUCAUUGACGGGCCCCAUCGUGUGGCAGACCAAACUAAUCGAUCCCCGCUUGACUUGUUCGCUCUCGGAUUUCCUGGUCAGAUGAGAGCACGGAAAACACGCCAACAAAACGCCACUUUCACGUUCUAUCACACCAGAAGACUGCUGUUAAUAUAACUUAAUCGGCCAGUGAUCGCACCGAGUAAAGGACUACAUUUCAGGUUAUCUGUGUGUUCUUCUUGUAUCCGUGUUGAAGAUGUCUGCAUCCGCUGGCGGUGUUGUAUCCCCGGGCUCGGCCCUCUCUCCCGGUCCCGGCUCCGGUAUGUCCAUGUUCCGAUGGCUGGAGGUGCUGGAGAAGGAGUUUGACAAGGCGUUUGUGGAUGUGGAUCUGUUGCUGGGAGAGAUCGACCCGGACCAGGCUGAUAUCACAUAUGAGGGCCGUCAGAAGAUGACCAGCCUCAGCUCAUGCUUUGCUCAGCUGUGUCAUAAAUCCCAAACCAUCUUUCAGCUCAACCACAAACUAGAGGCUCAGCUGGUGGACCUGCGGUCGGAGCUGACAGAUGUCCAGGCAGAGAAGGCUGUGGUGGAGAAGGAGGUUCAUGAACAACUUCUUCAACUCCAUGCCAUGCAGCUCAAACUCCAAGCCAAAGGCGGACAGUCGGUCGACUCUGACUCCAUCAAGGACAGGAUGGAGAAGGAACUGGAGGCCAGUAAGAAAGAAAAAGUGAAGGAGGCCAAGUUGGAGGCAGAGGUGAAGAUGUUGAAGAAAGAGAACGAGGCCCUCCGCAGGCACAUUGCGGUACUACAGGCUGAGGUGUACGGAGCCAGACUGGCAGCCAAGUAUCUGGAUAAAGAGCUGGCUGGGAGGGUGCAGCAGAUCCAGUUGCUCGGGCGAGACAUGAAAGGACCAGCUCAUGACAAGCUGUGGAACCAACUUGAAGCUGAGAUUCACCUGCACCGCCACAAAACAGUGAUCCGAGCCUGCAGGGGGCGCAAUGAUCAUAAAAAACCCUUGCUAUCACCUGUGGGGCAUGACACAGAUUCUCUGAAAAAGACUCAGGGAGUCGGCCCUAUACGCAAAGUGGUUUUGGCCAAAGAAGAUCAUGAAGGACUUGGCAUCUCCAUUACUGGCGGGAAAGAGCACGGCGUUCCCAUCCUCAUCUCCGAAAUCCACCCCACCCAGCCUGCAGAGCGCUGCGGAGGACUGCAUGUGGGAGAUGCCAUCUUAGCCGUCAACAACAUCAACCUGAGAGAUGCAAAGCACAAAGAGGCCGUCACCAUCCUCUCACAGCAGAGGGGAGAAAUUGAGUUUGAGGUGGUUUACGUGGCUCCAGAGGUGGACUCUGACGAUGAGAACGUGGAGUAUGAAGAUGACAGCGGACACCGCUACCGUCUGUACCUGGACGAGCUGGAGGAGGGAUCAGAAGCCAGUCACAAUAAUGGCACUGCCGACCCCGCUUCCCUACAAGGCAAGGGAGAAAUUGAGUUUGAGGUGGUUUACGUGGCUCCAGAGGUGGACUCUGACGAUGAGAACAGACACCUCAUGUGUGACAUCCUGCCGGUUUUGUGCUCCACGGUCACAUUUGUGGAAGUCGGUCGGGCCAGAGAUUGA